AUGAGCUAUGCGGGUCUAGACGAAAACGGUGCGACCUCCAUCCGGGCAGAAAUCAAGCUUCGCAUACCGCGGAUCAACGAAGUCUCGCAUGUCCGGGAGGCGCGGAGGCUCCUGCGACAGGAGCUUGGAGGUUGUGAGGCACUGCGGGCGGAAUUGGUGAACGCUGGCUUCGUGGAGGAUGGCUCAGGAGAGCUCACGGGGGGACUGAGUCCCUUGAACGUCUUCGCUCGCGCAGCGCGAGGGCUUCUGAAGCAGCCGAACAUGGAGCGCGAGCAAGAGGCCCUGGGAGACUUCAAGAAGAAGUUCCUCGUCUGCUGCAAUCGGCCUGAGAAUGACUUGCACUGGGAUUCUGAAGAUCCGCAAUGGGUCAGACGAGCUUCCAUGUCAAGACGGCAUCGGUUUCUCACGACCAAGGACGUGCGCUGGCAGUGGUUCAAUCCGCUUGUAUUCGGGAUGGUCUGCGAAAUUGGAGAAGGAUGCGAUGUUCGCGAAGCUCUUCAGGAAGCAGAGCAGAUGAAAUCUGCUGCUCUCCACUUUGCGAAGCAUUGCCCGGGCUGGCCAAGAGAUGCGAAAGAUGUCGGCCUCUAUGUGAACAUCUUCGGCCACAACAACGUCAAUUCACUGUUCAUACACAUCCUUGACCUGACUGUCACCGGACCAAGCUUCGCUGCUUCUCGGUUGACCGAAGUGACACUGCCGGCGCGUGUCUUGCUGCCUCGCACUUUGCAUCUGCUUGCCGUGACAGGCAACCCUUCGUCAAGCCAGCACAAUCAACACCACCCAGCAAGCCCAAGCCCUUAA